GCAGGGGGCCCUUUGUGACACUGCCAUUGCAGUGGUGGCAGUGGUGGCCCACAGUGUCCAGCAGAACAGUGACAGAACAAGAUGGGAAAACUGAGCUGGCAAGAGCCGCCAUGCACAGCCCACCCCAUAUCUUGCCCCACAAUAAUUAGGCAUUUGUAGAAGCUUCCCCAGUCCCCACCCACAGGAUGGCAGAGACACCCCCCAGCCCCUCCAGGGUGGCCCAGGAGGAGGAUGGGGCUCCCCAGGAGAGCAGCUCUCCAACAGAGCCCCAUGAUGUGACUGCAGAGCAGCCCCUGCAGCUGGGUGCCAGCUGGCUGCCAUUGUACAGAGUGAAGAAGAAAGCCCUAGACUUUCUCCAGGACUUUGCCAGGAGCCCCUACCAGGGCGAGGAUGACAAAAGGAUGUUCCUGGAGAGCAUCAUCUAUGUGUGCAGCAGUGCCUUGGACACUGGCUUGUUAGAGGGCCUGGAAAUCUUCUUCCAAAAUAUCAAUCUGGUAGAGAAGAUCAAGAUGCUGCUGGAAGAGGAGCCCAAGAAGCACCUGCGCUCACCUGUGAGGGAGCUUGCCAUGCGGGCCAUCACUGUUUUGAGCUCUGUGGGCACAGUGCUAGAGGGCAAAAGGAGAAGCCUCCUCGAAGCCUGUAUCUCCAGUGUCUUCUGGCUUCCUUCAGACAAGGGCAUGAGGCAAAGAAACAGAUACUACUCAACGACCUUGGAUGCCAUGGAUGUCAUGCUGGAGACGAUGGUGUUCAACUCUCCUCCAUCCAGAGUCGUUGAGGAGCUGCAGCACAUCUUGGAGAUGCUGCUGGACCUGAUCGACUCUGAGAACACAGAUGUGCAGAUGAGGGCUGUGGAGAGGGUUGGGAAUCUGAGCUAUGCACUGUCCACACAGAAGCACUGGCCUGAUGACUUCAGAACAAACCAGAUCCCCGUCCUGGGACAGCUGCUCAGUCGUCUCCUCUGCUUCCAGUUUUCCGAGGGAAAGACAAAACAUUCAGCUUCAAGAGCUUUUUAUUACCUCUGUCAAUUCAUCUUUGAUAAAAACAGGAGGAUGUCAUACCCUGAAGAGUACUAUAGAAAACACCUGCGUCUACCUGUCACCUUCUUGCAGUGGUGCAACAACAUCAGGGCCCAGAUCAAGGCCUUGGAAUGUUAUCUCACACCUUCUGAGAGAACAUACAUCAUGCUUGCGGCCAUCGAGGCGAUGCGGGACUCCAGCACCUCUGGCCAUCACGCAGCAAGACACUUCCUGCAGUUGGCCAUGAGAUCCCCUGACUUUUGGCUGAUAGAUGUGCCAAGCAUUGUGAGGGGCAUCCAUGAGUGCCUGGAGCACACCAGCCUGGCAUCUGACGUGGAGAGCCUGGACAUCUUGCUUGCAGUGCUGGCUCACAAAUACCCCAGGGAACUAGUGUGCACCUUGUUGACUCCCACAGCACCAUAUGACAGCAUCGCCCUGGCCGUGUGGGACCAGAUGUAUUCUCAGCUCAACAUCACGUCCAACUUCUGGAUGGAGCUGCAGGGAAGGGUUCACUCACCGGAAGAGCAGGACGGCGAGCUCUUCAGCCCCACUGUCUUGUAUGCCAUCAGAGUUCAUAAGGUGAUGCUGAACCCCACCAACACUGAACUCGCUGAACUCCUCAGGGAAAGUCAGAAGUGUCCAAAGCUGGAAUUUCUCUCACUGGCGCUCUCAGGUCUCAGAACCACCUUGGAGAGUCCUGAGAUGGCAAGAAGACUUCGGUUCCUGCUGCCGGACAUUGUGGAGCUCCUGCAGCACACCGACAAAGUCAUCAGGCUAAAGGCCCUGCGGGUGCUGCACACCAUGGUGCAUCACGUAAGGAGGAAUGAUGCCAGCAGAAUGGCCGUGCGGCUCUUGCAGCAGCUCCUGCCACUCUUCAAUGAUGAGUGCACCGAGGUGCGAGAGUACUCCAUCUUCCUCUUCAAACAACUGGUGGAAGCUGCAGUGUGCUGGGACGUGUGGAGGAUGAAACGAAAAGCACAGAAGGGAGUGAUGCCGCUGCUCCUCCACAUGACUGAGAUAUCCGACAGCGUGGCCCAGGUCUCCAGGGAAGCCCUCCUUUCCGUGGCUGAGAUCCUGGGGUGGGAAGAGCUCAAGCAGCCGAUCGAAACAAAGCACCCGUUGGAUAUCGCAGAGCGCUUGCUGGAGAGAAACAUUAACAUGGUAGAAGAGUACCUGGAACAGAGCUGGCCAUACCUGCAGAGCCCUCAGACCACCGUGAGAGAGACAGCCCGCCGGUUCACUCUGAUGGCCAGGUGGUACCUGAGGGACCUGAACGACGACGAUAACCUCAGCAUAGUAUCUGUUAAGUCCUUGGACUUAACCCGUGAGCCCCGGUCCCUGGCAGCUCGGGUCAACCGGAUGCUGAGAUCUCUCCGGCUGCAGCGAAGACUCAGAGCAACCUGCCGAGUGCUGUGCUGCGGGUGCUCAUGCUGGUGCUGAGUCAGACACAGGGGUCACUUUCCUUGAGGACACAGGGAAUGGAAUUUAACAAAAUUGGCGAUGAAUUUAAUAAAA